CCUCUGAAAAAGCGACUCCACAACACGCAGUGACUUUUUUUUUUUUUUCUUUUUAAGGAUAUCAUCCCCGCGGAUGAGCGGCUCUUUCCACGCGUAGUGCCAAGACCCAUCCUUCCCUCCCUGGCCGCACACACGGCACUGGGCGUGUAGCCGGGGCUCUAUGUAAUCCCCGCCGGCACAGCCCGGCCCCGCCACUGCCGCUCCCGAGGCGCUGCCGACCCCGCGGGGAUGCCGCCGGUCCCGGGGGCCGCGCAGCCGCCCGCGCCCGCCGCCGGCCCGCGGGCAGCACCGCCGCGGCGGAGCAGGAAGUGAAAGUACCGCGGCCGGCGGAGCCCCAUGGGAAAGGCGAAGCCCGGCCGCCCCGCCGCCGCUUCGGACCGCGCCGCGGCCCCGCCGGGCGGGCGGGCGCCGGGGGCUGCUGAGCCCGGCCCGGCCCGGCCGCCGCGGCCCCUCUCGGCCCCCGCGCGGCGCUCCGCGGGCUGCGGGCGUCAUGGCCGAGGCGGCGCCACCACCAUGACCGCGGACCCGUCGGCGCAGCUCCCCGACAGCCUCCGCACGGACCAUGUUCCAUGCCUUUUUCAGAUCUACCUUACCAGUUCUGCCACUGCUCCUUGUUCUGUCUCCAGUGAAAGCAUCUAGUUGUGCAAUGGGAAAUAAACCAACUGAAAUCCGUGUGAAGUAUGAAAAUAUACUAAGUCACGACAUCAAUGAGCUGGUAAAUAUGUCUGCAGAGAAUCGUGACAGGUGCUGCAAAAAUAAUAAAAAAGAAAAUAUCAAAGUGUUUUUCUGCAAUGAUACUGAGGAAAUAGAAUCACUACAGAGCAUGGCGUGCAACAUGCUCAGAUUCUAUAAUAAGCAGAGAAUCAGCAAAGCCUUUAGACAGAAAGCAGCAUUCGUCUCAUGUGGGACAUUACAGGUUCUACAGUGUAAAUGUGAAAGACCUAAGAAAGAAAAGGUUUGCUCACAUGUAUUUAGAAUAGAAGAUACAGAGACAAGUGAACAGUCCAAAAAGAAAUGUAGCCAAGAAGUUUGUGAACUGAAAGAAAAUAUAUCUAGCCUUCGAUCCUGCUGGAAUAAAUUUGAAAAAUUAAUUUCCAGGUGAUUCCAGGUGAAUCCUGCUCUUUUCUUUCAAAGUGGCAUUACUUGGUAUCUUUGCAUUUUACAUGCAUUCUUCAAGUAACCUUGCUUGCUUAUAUGAACACUUUAUGCCAGAAUUCUGAUGGAAGGCUACUGUACCUUGUUCCUGGAGAUGACAGAAACAUAAAUGGCUGAACCAAGCUGCUGAAGUCCAAGAAGUGGAACUAGAAGACCAGCAUGUGAAACAAAGAACUCUGCAAACAUCUGUGUCCAACCUUUGUGCUCUGGAAACUACUCUGAAUUUUAUGAUUUUUCAAGUAACUUUAUAAUACUAUUAUAUGAAAGCAGCCACUUGCAUGUCUACUGGAAUUUCUAAAAAACAUCUUGGAAUCUGCAGGUGAAGAAAAAGAGUAUGAAAAAGUAGCUGGUUUCUUUAUGUCUAUGCAAACCAUACCAAGGACUAAAAGUAACAAUUUACCAAAGCAGCAGCUUAUCUUGGAUAUGUUCUCCUGACACAGAAGUGUUUUUGGUGUAGGUCUGAUGGGUCUGCUAACUGAUUUGGGUUUGGAAAAACAAGGAAAAACUUAGCUUUUUGAAAAACUUAGGAAGGGUACUGAUUUUUGAGAGAUGCAGCAUGCUUCUGCUGGCUGAAGCACAGGCAAGACUGAAUCCUGUGGAAGAAGAAAAAGGUGCCUGAAUGUAAGUUGUUCAGUUGACUGGAAACUGUCGGAUGCCCUGGAUUCCCAUAGGAAACAGCACUACACUCAUUCAUUUGAUCAACCCAGAGUUAGCUGCAGGAGGAGCUAGAAUUCCUUAGCUUCAGAUUGUGAUUUCUCAUAUGCAAUUUUUUAUGUAACAUGUUUUAAGAUGUUAGGCAAACAUGACUUAAAAUAUGUGAAUAUUGUCAGAGAAUAAUAUAUUGGCAUUUCACUAAUAAAGUGCUCAUAUUUUAUUUUGAAUAAAUAGAAGUAUUUUUAUAGUUAUUACUCUUUUGCAGUUUCUUACUUUGAUAUAACUCUUUUGGUAAUAAAAUAUUUGACUUCUAUGAAA